AUGGUGGUACGCAGAAGUACUGAGCAGUCAAACGCUUGGCUCAAACCUGUCGAGGACGAUGAAGAUGAGGGCUUUCUCACUGUGGCCGAAGAUGCCGAAGCCAAAGGAAUUCUCGAUGAUGGCAACAGAUCGACGCUCAACUUGACGACGACUGAGCUUCCUGUGUAUAUGAACAUUCACCGCUUAGAACUGCAUGUUCUUGGUGAGCCAUUGUAUAAGCUCGCCAAGAAUCGUAAUACGCCUACGUACCAUGAGGAGUCAGCGUGCUAA